GUCUCCGCCAGGAGGAUUUUCCACCACGGAUCGUUGAGCAUCCUUCAGAUGUCAUAGUCUCUAAAGGAGAGCCAACAACUUUGAACUGUAAAGCUGAAGGACGGCCAACUCCUACUAUUGAGUGGUACAAGGAUGGAGAGAGGGUGGAAACAGACAAGGAUGAUCCGCGCUCCCACCGCAUGCUGCUGCCCAGCGGAUCUUUAUUUUUCUUGCGUAUUGUGCACGGACGCAGGAGUAAACCUGAUGAAGGAAGUUAUGUUUGCGUAGCAAGGAACUAUCUUGGAGAAGCUGUGAGUCGCAAUGCAUCCCUGGAAGUGGCAUUGCUACGGGAUGACUUCCGCCAAAACCCUACAGAUGUUGUGGUGGCAGCCGGAGAGCCUGCCAUAUUGGAGUGCCAACCACCUCGUGGACACCCUGAGCCUACAAUCUACUGGAAGAAAGAUAAAGUCCGCAUUGAUGACAGAGAAGAGCGGAUCAGUAUACGUGGUGGGAAGCUGAUGAUCUCCAAUACAAGAAAAAGUGAUGCUGGCAUGUACACUUGUGUUGGCACAAACAUCGUGGGGGAGCGAGACAGCGAUCCAGCCGAGCUGACUGUCUUUGAGCGGCCCACGUUUCUCAGGCGACCGAUUAACCAAGUGGUGCUGGAGGAGGAGGCUGUGGAUUUCCGGUGCCAGGUGCAGGGGGAUCCCACACCCACAGUCCGGUGGAAGAAAGAUGAUGCAGACUUACCAAGAGGAAGGUAUGACAUCAAAGAUGACUAUACUUUGCGUAUUAAGAAGGCCAUGAGCACAGAUGAAGGAACCUACACAUGCAUUGCAGAGAAUCGAGUUGGAAAAGUGGAAGCUUCUGCUACCCUUACUGUGCGAGCUCGCCCCGUUGCUCCCCCACAGUUUGUGGUGAGGCCACGAGACCAGAUUGUAGCCCAGGGUCGAACAGUGACUUUUCCUUGUGAAACUAAAGGAAAUCCCCAGCCAGCUGUUUUCUGGCAAAAAGAGGGAAGCCAGAAUCUACUCUUCCCAAACCAGCCUCUCCAACCCAACAGCAGGUAUUCAGUGUCACCAACUGGAGACCUCACUAUUACCAGCAUUCAGCGGUCUGAUGCAGGCUACUACAUUUGUCAAGCACUGACAGUAGCUGGAAGCAUUUUAGCAAAGGCUCAGCUGGAGGUUACUGAUGUCUUGACAGAUAGGCCUCCACCCAUCAUCCUCCAGGGGCCAGUCAAUCAGACACUGGCGGUGGAUGGGACAGCUUUGCUGAAAUGCAAGGCAACCGGUGACCCUCUCCCUGUCAUCAGCUGGUUGAAAGAAGGAUUCACUUUCCUCGGCCGAGACCCUCGAACAUCCAUACAGGAUCAGGGGACACUUCAGAUUAAAUCUCUGCGGCUGUCUGAUACUGGGACUUACACUUGCGUUGCAACAAGUUCCAGUGGGGAGACAUCUUGGAGUGCUGUGCUGGAGGUGACAGAAUCUGGUGGAGCAACAGUCAGUAAAAAUUACGAUAUAAAUGACCUCCCUGGGCCACCAUCCAAACCUCAGGUCACUGAUGUUACAAAGAACAGUGUCACCCUAUCCUGGCAACCAGGGACUCCUGGAAGCCUACCAGCUAGUGCAUAUAUCAUUGAGGCUUUUAGUCAAUCUGUGAGCAAUAGUUGGCAGACAGUGGCUAACCAUGUGAAGACCACUCUCUACACUGUGAGAGGACUGCGACCCAAUACAAUCUACCUGUUUAUGGUGAGAGCUAUCAAUUCACAAGGCCUGAGUGAUCCCAGCCCUAUGUCAGAUCCUGUCCGAACGCAAGAUAUCAGCCCACCAGCACAAGGUGUGGAUCACAGGCAAGUUCAGAAAGAAUUGGGAGAUGUAAUUGUACGACUGCAUAAUCCUGUUGUGCUGACACCCACGACGGUUCAAGUUACCUGGACGGUUGACCGUCAAUCCCAGUUUAUUCAGGGCUACCGAGUGAUGUAUCGCCAAACAUCUGGCUUGCCUUCUCCAGCUGUAUGGCAGAACUUGGAGGUCAAAGUCCCAACUGAGCGCAGCGCUGUCCUCGUCAGCUUGAAAAAGGGGGUCACUUAUGAAAUUAAGGUUCGCCCCUAUUUCAAUGAAUUCCAAGGAAUGGACAGUGAAUCAAAGUCUGCUCGCACCACAGAGGAAGCUCCGAGUGCCCCUCCUCAGUCUGUUACUGUCCUGACAGUUGGAAACCACAACAGCACAAGCAUCAGCAUCUCCUGGGAUCCUCCGCCUCCAGAUCACCAAAAUGGAGUCAUCCAGGAGUAUAAGAUCUGGUGCCUAGGUAAUGAGACUCGAUUUCAUAUCAACAAAACAGUAGAUGCAGCCAUUCGGUCUGUAAUAAUAGGUGGCCUAUAUCCAGGUAUUCAGUACCGUGUGGAAGUUGCUGCAAGCACCAGUGCAGGUGUGGGAGUAAAAAGUGAACCACAACCCAUAAUAAUUGGAGGUCGUAACGAAGUUGUCAUCACUGAAAAUAACAACAGCAUAACUGAACAAAUCACUGAUGUUGUCAAACAGCCUGCCUUUAUAGCUGGCAUCGGUGGUGCCUGUUGGGUAAUUCUGAUGGGUUUCAGCAUCUGGCUGUACUGGCGCAGAAAGAAGAGGAAGGGGCUCAGCAAUUAUGCUGUCACUUUCCAAAGAGGAGAUGGAGGACUAAUGAGCAAUGGAAGUCGACCAGGUCUGUUGAAUGCAAGUGACCCCAGUUAUCCUUGGCUUGCAGACUCUUGGCCUGCCACAAGUCUGCCGGUAAACAACAGCACUAGUGGACCCAAUGAUCUUGGCAAUUUCGGUCGUGGAGAUGUGCUGCCACCAGUGCCAGGGCAAGGAGAUAAAACCGCUACUAUGCUUUCUGAUGGAGCCAUUUACAGCAGCAUCGACUUCACCACGAAAACUAGUUACAACAGUUCCAGCCAAAUAACACAAGCUACACCAUAUGCCACCACCCAGAUACUGCAUUCCAACAGCAUCCAUGAGUUGGCUGUCGACUUACCUGAUCCUCAGUGGAAAAGCUCAAUUCAGCAAAAAAAUGACCUGAUGGGGUUCGGUUACUCUCUCCCAGACCAAGGCAAAGGCAACAAUGGUGGCAAAGGAGGGAAAAAGAAGAAGAACAAAAAUACUGCCAAGCCCCAGAAAAAUAAUGGUUCAAACUGGGCCAGUGUUCCCCUCCCACCCCCUCCCGUGCAGCCACUUCCAGGCACAGAACUGGAACACUAUGGGGUGGAUCAGCAAGAAGCAGGAUAUGACAGUGAUGGUUGGUGUCCGCCUUUGCCAGUUCAGACCUACCUACAUCAGGGCAUGGAGGAUGAGCUUGAAGAAGAUGAUGAUCGUGUCCCCACACCUCCUGUGCGAGGGGUAGCUUCAUCACCUGCCAUCUCCUUUGGGCAACAGUCAACUGCAACCCUCACCCCUUCUCCACGAGAGGAGAUGCAGCCAAUGCUUCAAGCCCACCUUGAUGAAUUAACUAGGGCUUACCAGUUUGAUAUAGCAAAGCAGACAUGGCACAUCCAAAGCAAUACACAACCUCCUCAGGCUCCAGUUCCGCCCCUAGGAUAUGUAUCUGGAAACCUUAUUUCAGAUUUGGAAACAGAUGUUCCGGAUGAUGAUGAUGAUGAGGAUGACAUUGAAGAAGAAACUGUAGAAAUCAGUAGGCCGCUAAGAGGUCUAGAGCAUACUCCAGGCUCCAGUAUGGACAAUCUAGACAGCUCUGUGACAGGUUCAAUGGUAAAUGGAUGGGGUUCUGCGUCUGAUGAGGACCGUAACUUUUCUAGUCAUAGAUCUAGUGUAGGUAGCUCCUCAGAUGACUCGAUCUUUACCAGCGGCAGUUUUGCACAAGCACUGGUUGCAGCAGCAGAUAAAGCUGGUUUUAGGCUGGAUGGAACCAGUCUGACAAGAACAGGCAAAGGAUAUCCUUCUUCUCAGAGACCUCGACCAAGCAGUCCUUUUUCUACUGACAGCAACACCAGUGCAGCUGUCAAUCAGAGCCAGAGGCCAAGGCCCACUAAAAAACACAAGGGAGGACGGUUGGACCAACCCUCGUUGCCUCAUCGUAGGGAGGGAAUAACAGAUGAUCUUCCACCACCACCUGACCCACCCCCUGGUCAGGGUUUAAGGCAGCAAAUAGUCCCCGGCCAGCGUGGAGGCUCAGCAGAGAGGAAAGGAAGCUCUCUUGAGAGGCAGCAUGCUCCGAACAUAGAUGAAACAAAGAGCUCCCUGGACCGGCAAGCUAGGACAUCACUAGAGUGGCAGCGACAAACCCAGGAGUGGAUAAGCUCUACAGACCGCCAAGAGGAUUUCAGGAAAGCCCAACACAAACAAGCCUUCGGAUCAGAAGAGGCACUCGUACCAUAUAGUAAACCCAACUUCCCAUCCCCUGGUGGCCACAGCUCUUCAGGAACAGCUUCUUCUAAAGGAUCGACCGGACCUAGAAAAGGUGAAGUCUUGCGAGGAGGUCACCAACGCAAUGCCAGUGACCUUCUCGAUGUAGGCUAUGUGGGAUCAAACAGUCAAGGACAGUUUACUGGUGAAUUAUAGUAGUUGAGAAGACACAUUGCAAGCUGCUCUGAUGGACCAUCAGGUCUGAACUCAUGGAAGUGAUGACACUAAACAGUGCAAUGAACAUUUUCUUUAUUUAUGUACUAUUAAAAGAACUGUAAAUGCAAUGUAAAGACACACAGCCACACAUAUCCCACAGAUAUUUUACUUGUGUUCUUCUCUUUAAUACACCAUCCACCUUAAACUUUUCCUUGUCAGGAGUAUAUAAAAAAAAAGAAAGGAAAAAAAAAAUCACCCUCCAGGAUGAAAAGAAUUUCCUUCUGUAUAUAAUUUCUUUUGUUGCAUUGCUAUGCAAGCUCACCUUCUUUUUAGCUAUGUUCAUAUUCAUGUCUGUUUUUACUGGUCUGUUGUACUAUAUGUGAAUUAAUAGGCUGUGGUGCCAUAUAUUAACUUUUAAUUGUGUAACUUUUAUGUUUAAAGUUUGCACUGCAAUUUUAUUUGGUGAUAAGCACAAAACUCUACUCCUCAUGACAUGAAGAAGAAAAAAGACUGAAUGUGUGAAGAAGGUUUACGUAAUGUAAGCUACUUUGGAUAAUGCUGGAUGUAAAGCAGUAUGUUAGGUGGGUUUCCAUUGGGGUGUAGAAAUGAGAAAGUGACAGGCAAAACUGAUGUCAGUGGAGACAUCAGAGACAGAUUUAAAUCUUUUAAAAGCAAGCAACAUAGUUGCUCUUCCUAUUUAAGAAAGGGUCAGAAGUUGGAAGUGUGAGAUUAAAGAGUGAAUAUGAAAAUAAAAGGUAGCAUGAGAUGGCCUAGAUCCUUUCACUAGAAUGAUGCCCUUAGUAUCUGUUUUUAGCCAUCCCAUGCCACUAAGAAAAAGGAAAGGAAAACAAACCUUGCUACAAACAAAAGAACUUAAGGUGUUUCACUAAAGCUGUUUUUAUAUUGUAGUUUGAAAGAAUUAUUACCAUUAAUUUCUCCAAUCCAAAAUAUAGACAGAAAUUUCCCAGGAGAAACAAACAAUAUAAACUCAAGGAAUACCUAGUAAGUAGUUAAGGAUGCAAUUUAUUAUUAAGACAUAUUCAGGCUGCUUCCAAAAAAAAAUGAAGUGUCAUAGUAUCUUAUUUCAUCUUUCCAAUACAUGUACAGUAAAAUAGAGGAUAGAGCUGCACCACUGAAAUUCAUGACAUUAAUUGUUUUAAUGCAGUCUAAACAAUCCAUUGUAUUCUAUUACCUGAAGUCUGCAAGAGCUGAAGCUGGAUCCACUAAAUUCACAGUAAAAUGUUUAGUGUUUAGAAGGAAAGCAACAGUCAAUUAUUUUUGGCUUGUAUUUAAGUACAUUCCUGGCAAUACAGUACCUCCAAAAAGUUAGGUAUAAGCAAAGAAAACCUUUGACCUGUGUUUUAGUGAGUGGCUUCAAACCCUAUGAUGAGGAAAUAACGCAUGUUUAUACACUUUUUGAAUAAACCAGACUCUGUAAGUGGACAUUAAUGACAGCAUCCUGUCUCUUCAUUAAUUUUCACGACUUUGUCCAAAUCUGCUGUACAUCUCAAAUCUCAAUGAGUCAAUUGUCAAGCUUUUCUUAGAAUAUUGUAUGUGGAUAAUCCACUCAUUCGAUGCUUAAUUUAAAUAUUGCAUCCUACAGCUUAUUUCUGCUAGUUAUCUGACCAUGAACACAAGUUUCCAUUUGAAUACCCUUUUCCUAUAACCAGUCUAUGUUGUUUUAUAUAUUGCCUUGGAGCUCACCAGUAUUAAGAACACUUUUAGUAAUGACAGAAUUUUAGAAAAGUAAAUUACAAUGCUAAAUAUGUGUUGCUUUUCAUUUCAUUAACUUGUUCCAUGAUAAGAUAAAACACAACAGCCAUCAACUAUAACUCAGCACUAUUGAAUAUUAACAAUACUAGUUAACUUCCUUAAGGUCAAGACUGUUAUUUAGCAGGUUACAAACCAAAAAAGUUGAGAAAAAAAAUGUAUGCAUUUAUAUAUGUGACCCAUGAAUAUAUGUAAUUUUCCUGCUUGUUAAAACAUUAUAAUGAAAACCAUUACUUAAAAGUGUGCAAAAAUGUUCUAGAAAGAUAAAGAAGGCAUCAUAUUUACAUAUGUAUGUUUUUUUCUUUUGGUAUUAUAUCAUAUGAAGCGAAGAUUAUUCAAGGUACAAUUCAAAUUUAAUACUCUGGAAAACGUUUAACUCAGUCACUGGUAUAUUUUUUUGUGCUUUUAAUUCAAAAGCUUGUGCUGAGCUUUGGUGGAACACCUUACUCACUAUAUUCUAGUCAAAAUUCAGUAUCAUUAGACUUCGAUAAAGCCAUCCCAAUUACUUUCGAAUACGUGUUUUAUCUCUUCCACUGGAAAGUAAAUGUGUGUCAGUAUUAAAGCUGUGCAGUACCAUGAUAUUCACUAACUUGUCCAUCUGCUUCUGUACAUUUUUGUUCAUUAAUAAGUUGCUUACAAUAUUACAUAAGGUGGUGUUGUGUAUCGCAAACUGUCUCCAUUAUCUUACAGGUGAUGUCUCUUCUUUUUUUCUCUCUCUUUCUCUCUCUUUUCUAUACAGUGUACUUCCAAUGAACCACAGUACAUAUUUUUUAAAAUAUGCCAUUUAAUUUACUAUUUUAAAAGAAGUAUUCUUCUUUUUUUUAAAAGACUCAAAAACAUUUAUUGUGAAUAAUGUGUUUAAAGAAAAGGGAUGUUGUGGCAGCACUUAGAAUUGUUUUUUAAUUUGUUUUUUAAAGAAAAUACCUGUUUAUUGGCUACAGUUUGUUCACGAAAAAGUAUGACCUCUUAAUGUGUUUCAUUGGUAUUGUUAGUGCAGCGGAGUUUAAUUGGCAUAAAAAGUUGGUUAAUAGUACUGUUGAAGUGUGUAUUGUAUAUUUACUGGGGAAAAAAUAAAACAUAUUCACAUUUCAAAUCUAUGUUAAAAGA